AUGAAGCUGCCUCAUCGUCCUUUUCAGCUGCAUCUGUGUGGGGAUGCAGGAAGCAGGGAACAGCAGCAGCAGCUGCAGCAGAAAGAGCAGCAGAAGCACCAGCAGAAACAGCAGCAGCAGGAGCAGCAGAAACAGCAGCAACAACAGCAGCGGAUACAGCAGCAGAAACAGAAGCAGCAGCAGCACCAGAUACAGCAGCAGAAGCAACAGCAGCAGCAGCACCAGAUACAGCAGCAGAAACAGCAGCAGCAGCAGCAGCAGAAGCAGAGUCCGGGGCAGAAGAAGGCAGUACAGCAGCCGCUGCGGCAGCAGCAUGUUCAGAAACCUGCGGAGCGGAAGCAGGCGCAGCAGCAUUGA